AGCCGAGCGCAGACAAUGAGAUCGAGGAGAUCCGCGGGCUGGAGCGCUGUCACAGCCUGACCCAGCUGGGGCUGUCGCACAACCGGCUCGCGGCCGUGCGGGGCCUGCACAACCUGCCCGUCCGCCUCCUCGACCUGAGCUUUAACCAGAUCGAGAAGGUGGACGGGCUGAAGAGCUUGAAGAAGCUGCAGCGCGUGAAUCUGUCCAACAACAAAAUAAACAGCCUGCAAGGCCUGGAGGAGCACGAGCUGCUGGAGGUGAUCAACCUGGAGGACAACCAGGUGGCCGAGCUGAGCGAGCUCCGAUGGAUCCAGGAUCUGCCUCUGCUCAGGGAUUUAAAUCUCCUAAAAAACCCCCUGCAGGAAAAAGGCAGCUAUUGGCUCUCAGCGAUUUUCAUGCUGCUCCAAGUCACAGAGCUGGAUCUGAAAAAGGUCACAGUGGAAGAAAAGGUGGCUGCUGUGAAUAAGGAGGCUCCUCCUCCCGACGUCGUGGCCGCCGAGGAUCACCGGACCCAGCUUUUGUACCACUCCCUGCAGCCCCAGCGCGUCCUCAACAGCACUUUGCCCACGUUUGAGGACCCCUACCCCUUGCUGGUGCUGCUGGGCCCGGUGGCCGGGGGCCGGCGGCAGCUGGCCCUGAAAAUCUGCAGGAAAUUCAAAACUUGCUUCAGAUUUGGGCCCUGCCACACCACCAGGAAAGCUUAUUUCGGGGAGGAAAACCGGCUGGAUUAUCAUUUCAUUUCUCAAGAAGAAUUUGGCAAAAUGGUGAAAGCAGGCCGGUUCCUGGCCACGUACAGGUACAGCGGGCACAGCUACGGGCUGGCACGGGGCACGCUGGAAUCCAUCGCCAGGGAGGGGCUGGCCACGUGUGUGCACAUGGAGAUCGAGGGCGUGCGCAGCCUGAAGCGCACCCACUUCCGGCCCCGGUGCAUCCUGGUGGUGCCCAAGGACAAGGAGAAGUACGGGGAGCACCUGAGGAGGACGGGGCUCUUCACCAGGCCCGAGAUGGACGAGGCCGUGGCCAGGGUGGACAUGUACCUGCAGGAGUGCCAGGAGUGCCCCGGCUUCUUCGACGCCAUCAUUAACACGGGUCAGUUAAUUGCUCAUUGA